AUGGCUUCUGUACGCAGCGUUCCAGAAAACAAAGGUAAUGAUAUUAAAAAUGAAUGUAAUGAUCCUGAAGUAAAUACAAUGGCUCUUAAAAUGAAAGAAAAUUACCAAAAAAAUGCAACAGCCACAGUAACAUUGGCUAAUGCACCAAUUACAACGAAUAACAAACAAGAAAACUUACCUAAAGAUUGUGAAGAUGUAGAAAGUAUAAAAGGUAAAUUUUCAUGGAAAUUAAUCAAUGGAUUCCAUGUACCCUAUAUUAUACGAAUAAUUAAUGGUGAAUAUUUGAAGUUUGUGUCUGUACGUAUAGCUGAAACUCAGCUUCUUAGACAGUAUAUACAUUGUUUUCAUGCAGAUAUAUAUACAUGCAUAUCAAUAAAAAGUAAUUUUAUCUCUAAUUCUGAAGCUAAUUUAUUAAAUGACAUCAACCAAGUACAUGCUGACCGUAUAUACAGUAAAGAAAUGUUUGUCGCAGGAAAAGACUGUAUUGUCAGUUUAGAAGAUGUUCAUGAGUUUUAUACAUUCUUAAAUGUAUGUCAUAAAAAAUUACUGUGCAAUAUUCCUCCAGGCGACAAUGAAAAAUGCGGUUUUAUACGUAUUAACUCUGAAUCCAUUGUACCAUAUUGUACUCAUGAUAGCCAAAAAUAUCUUCCAAUGUUUUAUUUUGAAGGGGCAACUAAAAGUUUAAAACCUCAAGCUGUAAAAUUAAAAAAUUGGAACUUGGCCUAUCUGAAGUUCUGUUUAUUGGUUCAGGGUACCAUAAAUGAGUUGUUUUAUAGUGACUUUUGCACAAUGGUCAGUCUUGAUUGUAUCAAGAAUUUCUAUACAGAUUUAAAUGUUGAAGAAUAUUGGCCAGCUACAGAGAUUAAUACACAUUUUCUAACUUAUCAGAAGUCUAGCCAUGUCAAUCCAACAGGUAUCUGGAUCAGAGCACCCAUUGAAGUAGUACCUGCUGAAAAUACUAUUCCUCACAUAUUAAUAGAACCAGCACCAUCGAAACCACAAAGUAUUCCAGUGACUAAGAACAACUAUCUAAGCGGGUGUCCAGCAAGUCAAAUGGUUAAUUUAUAUAGCACUCAGGCUCAGCCACCAUCAACAACUAGUGUCUAUUCUCUUCCUGCCAGAAAUCAAAGCAUAGCUGCGCAAUGCUAUAAUGCGGGUUCAGCAAUGUCUCAAGGCAGCAGUUUGAUAAAUAGUGCGGGUCAUGUUGUACCACCACCGCCUUUAGUCCAUGCAGGCAAUAUGGCACCAGAAAUUGGUAAUACCGUCUCUUACUCAAACACUGUACCUAAUAGUCAAUGUGUGACAACUAUAUACAAUGGAAUUACCAAUAGCAAUGUAAUGUCACAUUCAAGUCAAAUGAGACAAUUCUACACUCAAAGUUCUAACAAUGGUAAAGCCCUACAACAGUUGCAGCAACAACAAACAAUUACUAAUCCUAAUAUUGGAUGGGAAUUGACAAGAAUACCGGAACGGAUGUGUACGCAUAUAACAUCUAAUAAUGAUGCAUACAAGAUCCAAAGGGGAACACUUCAAGCGAGAACGAUAUACUGCGUAAACGCCGAACCUUACGAAUAUUCGGAUGUGAUGGUGACAUUGCAUGAUAUAGUCCAGGUGACAUUGCCUGCGUCUACAGACAUCGCGACAUGCGCUUACGUCUUAAGAGAAAAAUUAAAUAUAACACUAUUCAGUGGAAAUUCCGAGCAGUUGGCCGUGUUGCGGGAAAAUGGACGCCUCAGGUCAAUGCACCCAGAUGAUACACCCAUGGUCAUGCUAAAAGAUAUCAAGUAUCAUUUUCGGCAAUUCAAGACAUUCGUUGAACUUGGUUGGCAAAAAGAACAAAUACAACAAUACUCAUCUGUGGGUGGUCCGUCCAAAAGACAACGGACCAGCUAG